UGAUUUGAAAUUUAAAUGAUAGUUUUGAAUAUUUUUACAAAAUUUGCAGUCAACGUAAAUUGUUUUAAAUUUUUUUCUUUGCAGAACGUCUUUCAAGAUGGAGGUUUGCCAGAACCCGACAAGUUAUCAGGUUCUGUCUACCCUCCUCCGAAGAGCAUAUCACUAACUGACAUUAGUGGGACGGAUGGUCCGGUGGUCAACAUCACCUGGAUACCGGAAAGUUCAAGGGAAGAAGACAUUCUUGGCUACCACGUUGAAGUUUGCAGCGAAGAGUGCCUUGCCGACUACACGAGAGGAGCGUAUCUUGUCUGGGAAGGUCUGAACUACUGGACGACCUACAUUUUCAAGGUGUUUGUCCUCUAUCAAGAGGGGGAUAACCAAGUCCUUAGCAGACCCUUGAUUCGUCAACACGAGACUGGGCCUGGAGCUCCUGGUCUUCCGUCAUCUUUGGCUGCUACCAGCCACGAAUCGGACGCAGUCGUAAUUUCGUGGGGAAAUCCGCCACAGAGAACGCCAAGACACCCGGAUGGAUUUACUCUUGCGGUCUGUGAAAGAACAGAAGCCGAACGCUGCACUCAGAAACUCAUCAAAUACUCCAAAGAUGGCUACCAGGUUUAUGUUGAUCAUCUCGAAGACGGCAUGGAUUACCUGGUGCAGGUUUCUGCCUACAUCGAAGACGGUGAAGACAUCUACACGGGUCCUACCGCCAAUACGACUGUACGAACGCUUCCACCUCGAUUCCAAGCUCCUUUUGACGUACGAUACCGGCUGGUUCCGUCCGAUGAAGACGUGCAAGGCGUUCUCACCUGGAAGAUGCCGAACGGGACCGAUCCCCCUCCGGAGAGAUUCGUCGUCCACGUGUGCCGUCUCAACAAGUGUCGUCCACACUCUAGCACGACUCCCCAGCUCGUCCUCAAUGGCUUGAGAUUUUGGUCUCGAUACAACGCCACGGUGAGGGCCCUGUAUCCAACGGCCAAGAAUGCGACGGUCUGGAGCAGCGGAGCGACAGUCACGAUGCACACUGGGCCCGGAGCGACCCGGGCUCCCACGUUCCUUUCCGCUCUGCCGAUGGGACCACAUGCCGUGACACUGCUUUGGCAAUUUUCGCUCGAUUCGACGGCUCCUGUGCCAGAAGCGUUCAGAGUAUCCGUCUGCGAUCGGGCACAGCGCUGCUUGAACUUUUCGAAGCCUUUUGACGAAGACGGAAUCCAGAAGGAGACGGUUGGACGACUCGCUGCGGACACCAAAUACCAGGUGGCUGUUUCUACCGUCCUGAGUUACGAGAACGAAUCCUUCGUGAGCCCUGCCGCUACCACCAGCUUCACAACAGAAACGAUACUGGAUUCUCCGCCAACGAACCUUUCGGCGUCGCUGAGUCCUAACAAGCACGACGUGGACGUCACCAUAACCUGGAGUGUCCCGGGCCAUCUGAAGACUCAGCCUUUCAAGUACAGGAUUGAGGUGCGCGGAAAGUCGAGCCUCACCGAGGUGUACGAGAUCGACAGUCCCAAGUUGCACUUCACCCUAAGCUUCGCUCUACAAAAGCGGCCCUUCUGGACGAAUUACACUCUGGACCUGGUGGCGUUCUACCAUAGCCGCGAAGGUGUCGUCAUCAGCCCCGCCUCCACGUUGUCAAUGUUCACGGGUCCUGGAGCUCCCGAGGUCUCCAACCUUACCGUGACUGCUCUGGGCAGUAGUGAGCUGAAGGUCGCCUGGAAUGCCCCGCAGGAGCACGUGGAUAGAUUUCAACUGACAAUUUGUUCGGCCGAGAUCGUCAGCUGCGGGAACAUCAGCCUGUCACGGGAUGUCCGCGAGUACCGCGUCGGAAACCUGGAACCUUGGACGAGGCAUACAGUCGGAAUUACGGGAUUUGUGAAUUAUGGCGGCAGGACCUACCACGGAACACCUGUCCAGGCUACUGGGAUCACCGACCCUGCAGAGCCAACGGCUGUGCGUGACCUUAGGGUAUCCCUUCGGAACAUCACCGAUAUCAGUGUCAGCUGGGCGGAACCAAAAGAAAAAAGAGGUCCGUUGAGCGGUUACGUUCUCAGCUGCAACAGUACCGACGCUCAGCAUCCCCACAUGAUGGAAAGAAUGGUCCCCAGUGGAGCAACACAUCUCGUUGUGGACUUGGUGACUCAGGUCACGACGUUCGAGUGUUCUUUGUGGGCGUUCCACAGUUUUCACGGGAUCCGACUCAAUGGAACAGCUGCUCGCCACAACGUCACCACCAAGGGAAUACGGGCACCGAGGAAGCUUGCCGUCACCAAAACGUCUACAAAUAGCUUGAGCCUGGAAUGGGAACUGAAUCCGGAUGCGCUGAACUUCAGCGUCAGCGUUAAGAAGGUCCCGAAGAGCGGCGAUGUACCGUCUGUCGAGCAGCAUGAGAACCAUUGUGACAGAAACGCAACGGUUUGCUACAACGUGACGGGCCUUGAUCCAGGUGCACGAUAUGAAGUUACAGUGAGGUGCUGCGCCAGAUACUGCGGAAAUCCGGCUGUGAUCACAGCUAUGACUCAAGUCGCAGCUCCUUCAGAGGUCAGGAACCUCUCCGUAACGCUGGUCCUGAACAAAGCCACUUUUCAAUGGCAGACUCCUGACCAACCUAACGGGCCCGUCGACGGCUACAUAAUCCGUGUGGCGAACCUCGAACGACGAGACGGCCAAAUACACGACGUUCCAGGGAACACAACGACCUUGGCGGCCAAACUCGGCGAACAGUACAACAAUUACAGCGUUUCCGUCCAAGCCUACAACAUCCUUCUUCCUGUGCGGAAAGCCGGUCCAGCUGUUGUGGUCAACUUUGAGAGCACCGGUGAAGGCCCUGUGCCACCUCGACCCGAAGUGGACGACAUCCAAAUCCACGACGUAGAACUGUCGUGGUCAAAGCCCACGGAUAAGGAGCACGAGAUUAUUGGGUACCAGGUUAUAAUAAGUGCCUACAAUGAAAAGUUUCUCACUCCCAAUACAAGCGCCAACAUUUCCAACCUUCAGACGUGGACUGAAUAUACUGUGAAUGUGUCGUCAUGCACGGCCGAGAGCGAAUGUGGUCCACCCAAGACAUCCAAUUUCAAGACCGACGCUGACGCGCCAUCUGUCCCUCUGGACCUAAACUACACCUCUGUUGGGAAGACCUGGGUGGCGUUGAAUUGGUCUCACCCCGAUACACCUAACGGACCUCUCAGCGGAUUCAACAUGUCAUGGACAAACAGUUCUUUCACGUCGUCGGCCCUUAUAACCUCGAGCCAGUUCAAUAUUACCCACUUGGAUCAAGGUUGCUCAUACUCGAUCAGCGUGUUUGCCUUCAACAACGGUCUCAAAGCUGUGAAAGCAGGGCCCUCUACCAAUAUUACCGUGAAAACUGAGGGUGAACCAAUCCUGCCUGGGUGCACACUCUGUCCAACAACAAUUGUUAUGAUGAUCGUCAUUCCAGUCAUCUGCAUCGUUCUCAUCGCGGCUUACGUGUUGUACAGAAGAGCCCUCAGGAAAAGAGAGGAACGGGCCCUCUUGGCCUCGGAAGAUACGUGAGCAGAAAGCACAGCUGCUCCAAGGUUGCCAAAAAUACCGCUGCGUCAAACAAGAACCCUUUGUUGUCCAGUUGUCUAGUUCAUAUAUUUUUGUUUUAUUAAACUAUUUAUUUGUUA